AUGGUUCCACUGCCGCUGUUCAAGCUUGCUGCGCUCUUUGUGCGACACAUCUCCAAGUACGGUGCGAAUCACAUAAAACACCAGGCACACGAACACCCUCGGUUCCGGGCAUUCGCGGCCCGGUAUGGCCAGGUGAUACACCAGCUUAACAUGCGGCUGUCGGUUGCGCUACUGCGAAAUCCGGAUGCAGAGCAGAGAGCCAGGGAAAAGGCAGAGGCCCCUACCGUAAAAACAGAGGAGCAGGUGAAGCGGGAAGAGGAGCUUAAGGCAAAGUACGGGACGACGGCAAGACAGUCGCAGUCGACGAAAGAAGCGCCUAGAAGCAUAUGGAGACGCAAAUUCAGGCCGCUACCUGAGGCCAAGGCCGUCGACCUAUUUGCCGAUGUUGUCGGCGAUGCAUUUAUCCUCGGGGUUGCCGGCGGCCUGAUCACGUACGAAUACUGGAAGGCCUCACAGAAACCCGACAAAAAUAAGGAGAUGAUUGAAGACCUUGAGAGACGGAUGGAGGAGUUGAACAGGAGAGAAGCGGCACUGGAAGAGGCCGAAAGGAGGCAACGAGAGCGAGUCGAGAUGAUCGAAGAGGCGUUGAGAGCGUUCAGGGACCCUAAGACGAAAAAGCCGCUCUUAGCUGUACCGACACCGGCACCGACACCGGCGGUAUGA